AAAUUCAUUUCAAUGCCGAGCGUUUACUUUCUCUCGCACUUCUCCCUUCUAAAACCCUAGUCUCCCAGAACCUUGGCCGCCCUCUUUUUCUUCCAUCAUCAUCAUCAUCAUCAUCCAGAUCCAUGGAGUUUUGGGGUAUUGAAGUUAAGGCUGGACAGCCUAUUAAGACAGACCCUGGUGCCAAUUAUGUCAUCCAUCUUUCUCAGGCUUCACUUGGCGAGACAAAGAACAAAGCAGAAUCUGUUCCCCUAUAUGUGAAUGCUAAUGGGAAGAAACUCGUUCUUGGAACACUUUCCCACCAGAAUUUUCCUCAGUUAUCGUUCGAUCUAGUAUUUGACCAAGACUUUGAGCUCUCACACAACUGGAAAAAUGGGAGCGUCUAUUUCCUUGGUUACAAAACUUUUGUGCCAGAGGAAGGUACUGAUGAUGAAUUUGAUAUGUCUAGUGAGGAGGAGGAGCUUCCUAUGGCUGCUGCAGAAAAUGGAAAACCCAAGACAGAUCCAAAAACAGCCAAGGCUAAUACUGGGAAGCCUGAUGCUGUAAAAAAUGCUGUCAAGAUAGCAGAACCAAGCAAUGACAAGAAAACUGAGGAGGGUGAUGAUGAUAGUGAUUCUGAGGAUGAAAGUGGUUCUGAUGAGGAAGAUGAUUCUGAGGAUGAAGAUGAUUCUGACGAGAUGUCUAUGGAUGAAAGCUCAGAUGAUGAGGAUGAAGAGACACCUAAGAAGGUUGAGUCAAGCAAGAAGAGACCUGCAGAAGCUGCCGCAACCCUUGUUUCUGCAAAAAAGGCAAAAUCUGCUGCGACACCUCAGAAGACAGAUGGUAAGAAGGGUGGUCACACAGCAACACCACACCCAUCAAAGCAGGCAGGCAAAACUUCUGCAAAGAGUCCAAAGUCUGAUGGUCAAUUCUCUUGCGGAUCUUGUAACAAGUCCUUCGGCUCUGAUGGUGGUCUAGAAUCUCACAAGAAGGCCAAGCAUGGUGGCAAAUGAGGUGGUGUUACAUGCUCUUAUGUGCUUGUUUAAUUUUGGGAGAAGAGAUGGUUUUGGUAGUAAACGAGGGGUUUAUGGUUAAAAAAAGACAUUGCAGGAUCCCUACUUCUGAUUCCAAACUAUCAUUUUCGAUUUUAUCUUUAGAUUGUAAUAUUGUCUAUGUUCUAUUAUUAUCUGUUUGCAUUAACAUGUUCAUGAUUAAAGGUUAAUGUUUUGGUAGCUAUAUAAAUGAACUUUCGCA